GGAAUACCUUAAAUACAAAGUAUUCUAGUACACUGUAAUAUAACGCACCAGUGGAGUGUUAUAGUGAAAAACUCUAUGGAUUCACCAAUGCCUCCUGUGAAAGUUUUUUUUUUAGAGGAGGCAUUGGGAUCAUCAUCAGUUGUGCUGCGAUUUGUGCGCGAUCGAUUUUACCGCCGCCAAAUUAGCCACCGUAGCCAAAUCGUACUCUCUUCCCAAAGUUUCGUGUACUCUUAAUUACUGGACCAACUUCAUGACAGUACUUAAGUAGUGUACGUGCAGGAUGGCACAAGCAAAGGGACUCAGUCAAAGCAAGGAAGCCCUGUUGAAGUCUUACACCAAACAACUCAAGGAUGACAUGAAAUCUAUGGUCGACAAUUUUACGGAAAUCAUCAAAUCCACGCGUGUGCCUCUCGAAGACGAGGGACAGGUAUUGAGACCUCUGCAGGGAAUACAGGACCACUAUGAAAUGACCGUCCGAGCUGCGAACAUUGUCCGCGCUGGAGAGUCGUUGAUGAAAUUAAUAUCAGACAUAAAACAGUACCUGAUCCUCAAUGACUUCCCAUUUGUGAACGACUCCAUUGCCCAGAACAGUCAGCGCUACUGUGCUUUUCAAAUGGACUGCGAUCAGCGGUUGAUGGCACUGCGGGACGACAUGUCUGCUGAAUUGUACGAGCUUGAAGAAGAGUAUUAUUCGUCCUGCUAUAAGUAAUAAACUUCACUAUUUCAUUGUGCA